UUGGCGCGCUCAUUUGAAGUUUUUCCCGCUAACACAAACCUUAUAUGAUCUCAUCUCAUAGUGUCUUCUAUUACCAUUUACCAGAUCGCAUUUUGCUCUUCAGAACAAUGCCAGUCAUCGCCGCUAAGCGCACAUUGAGAUCCCACCCCUCAUCGCCCCCUCGCAAAUCGCCCCGCCGAUGCACCGCCGCAACCCCCAAUUCCACUCCAACGAUGAACAGAUUCGGCGCCGACGAAAACCAAGCUGACCCGGAAGCUGUGAAACCCAAGUGGAAUCCCAAAGACGGUGAGCAAUUGAAGAGGGUGAAGCUGGCAUUGCACUUGUCCACUGCGCCGGCUUCGGUCGUGUGCCGCGAGGAGGAGCAGAAUGUGGUUUUGGAGUUCUGCAAGGGGUGCGUUGAGCACCAGAAGGCCGGGAGUCUAUACAUAUGUGGCUGUCCCGGAACUGGGAAAUCGUUAUCUAUGGAGAAAGUGAAAGACAAAUUACUCAUUUGGGCCAAGGAGGCAGGUCUUCCACAGCCAGAUGUUUUGUCUGUAAAUUGUACAACCUUUACCAACACAUCAGAUAUUUUCACUAAGAUACUUGGGUUAAACCAAACACAGGGUAAAAAGGUUUCGGCUACACCCUUACAGCAACUUCAGAACAUGUAUUCUCAGAAAUCGUCUAACAAGAACAUGACAUUGAUAGUAGCUGAUGAGUUAGAUUAUUUGAUAACCAAAGACAGAGGCGUGCUCCAUGAUCUUUUCAUGCUCACCACCUUUCCUUUUUCUAGAUGUAUAUUAAUAGGUGUAGCGAAUGCAAUUGACCUAGCUGAUCGAUUUCUUCCAAGGCUUACAUCACUAAAUUGCAAACCUAUUGUUGUAAAUUUUCGGGCUUACUCUAAAGAUCAGAUCCUCAAGAUUCUUGAAGAAAGGUUAAAUGAACUUCCUUACACUGUCUUCCAACAGCAAGCCAUGGAAUUAUGUGCUAGGAAAGUUGCUGCAGCUUCUGGUGACAUGCGGAAUGCUCUUUGUAUAUGCGGGAGGGCAAUAGAGAUGCUUGAAGCAGAAAUUAGAGAGUCUGCCUGCAAUUUGAAUACUUCAUUGGAAGAGAUAUCAUCCUCCAGACAAAAUCUUGCUACAGCUCCUGAUUUUAUGAAAAAACGAGAAUUUGAGACUGUAAGGACUGAUCAUAUGGCACGUGCCUUGUCCAAGACAUAUAGAUCACCAGUGGUGGAUACAAUACAAUCUCUGCCACAUCAUCAGCAGAUUGUACUCUGCUCUUCUAUGAAACAUUUUCGUGGAGCCAAGAAAGAUACAAUCCUUGGAGAGUUGUAUAAAUCGUAUGUGGGGGUAUGCAAAUCUUGUAUAAUUCCUCCAGCGGGAAUCUUGGAAUUUUCAAACAUGUGCAGAGUGCUAAAUGACCAGGGCCUUAUUAAACUUGGACAAUCUCGAGAGGAUAAAUUGAGAAGAGUGUCGCCUAAAGUAGAUGAGGGUGAUAUUACUUUUGCAUUGCAGGGAGUACGUUUUUUUCAUAACUGUCUUUAAUGAUUCUGCUGAUACUGGUAGUUUUCACUCAGCUUGACGUGAGAUCAAAGACUCUUCCUUAGAUUAAGAUAAGUUUAUUUGGUUCUAACCGGUGUCUUCAUUAUAUGAAGUGGUAUACUCGAAGCGUGGAGUUGAAAUCACUAGUCCAAAAUUUUCACCCAAGAAGCAAAAGCUGUUAGAGAAUAUUUUAUUUUUUUAUGCUAUUUUAUUUUCUCAUGAGCUGAGUUGCAUCGUGUAAUUUAUUUAGCUCAUCUCACUUAGUAGUGAGUUAUAGGAAUGAGGCUUUAUUGUUUUAUUUUCUCAAGAGCAGAAAAUAGCUAUAUAUACAUUUAUUUCAUACUAUUAAAUUAAUUUUCUCAAAUGUAAAAAUCAGUCAUGAAUUUGUAUUAUUGAAGUAGGGAGACUAUAAUAUAAUCCUGCAAAUGGUUGCAGGCAAUCAAAUGCCAAAAAUUAGUUUGAAAA